AUGAAACUCCUCCCGCUCCUAGUGGGUUUUUCCACUUUGCUAAAUUGUUUCUACACUCAAAAUUGCACCAAGACACCUUGUCUUCCAAAUGCAAAAUGUGAAAUACGGAAUGGAGUUGAAGCCUGUUAUUGCAACAUGGGAUUUUCGGGAAAUGGUAUCACAAUUUGUGAAGAUGAUAAUGAAUGUGGGAAUUUAACCCAGUCUUGUGGUGAAAAUGCUAACUGCACUAACACAGAGGGAAGUUACUAUUGUAUGUGUGCACCUGGUUUUAGAUCCAGCAGUAACCAAGACAGGUUUAUCACUAAUGAUGGAACUGUCUGCAUAGAAAAUGUGAAUGCUGACUGUCAUUUAGAUAAUGCCUGUAUUACUGCAAAUAUUGAUAAAACUUUAACAAAAAUUAGACGCAUAAAUCAACCUGUGGCUUUGCUAGAAGAAGUCUAUAGAAAUUCUGCAAAAGAUCUUUCACCGAUGGAUAUAAUUACAUAUAUAGAGAUAUUAGCAGAAUCAUCACCAUUACUGCGUUAUAUAAACAGCACUAACUCAGACAAGGACACCCUUUCUAAUUCAACUCUUACUGAAUUUGUAAAAACUGUGAAUAAUUUUGUUCGAAAGGAUACAUUUAUAGUUUGGAACAAGUUACCUACAAAUCGUAGAAGAACUCAUCUUACAAAACUGAUACAUGCUGCCGAACAAGCUACCUUAAGGAUAUCUCAGAACUUUGAAAAGACCACUCACUUUGAUACUAAUUCAAGUGAUGUAGCUCUCAAAGCCUUCUUUUUUGAUUCACAUCACAUGAAACAUAUUCAUCCCCAUAUGAAUGUGGACGGAGAUUAUAUAGAAAUAUUUCCAAAGAGAAAAGCUGCAGAUGAUUCAGAGGGCAAUGUUGCAGUUGUAUUUUUAUAUUAUAAGAGUAUUGGUCCCUUGUUUUCAUCAUCUGACAACUUCAUAAUGGAACCUCAAAGUUAUGAUAAUUCUGAAGAGGAAGAAAGUGUCAUCUCAUCAAUAAUUUCAGUUUCAAUUAGCUCGAACCCACCCACAUUGUAUGAACUUGAAAAAAUAACAUUUACUUUAAGUCACAUAAAGACCCCAGAUAAGUACAAGAGUCAAUGUGCAUUUUGGAACUACUUGCCUGAUACCAUGAAUGGCAACUGGUCUUUGGAUGGCUGUGAACUGAUAUACUCGAAUGAAACCCACACCUCAUGCAGCUGUAAUCACCUGACACAUUUUGCAAUUUUGAUGUCUUCUGGUACUUCCAUUGGUAUUACAGAUUAUAAUAUUCUUACAAGGAUCACUCAACUAGGAAUAAUUAUUUCACUGAUUUGCCUGGCAUUAUGCAUUUUUACCUUCUGGUUCUUCAGUGAAAUUCAAAGCACCAGGACAACAAUUCACAAAAAUCUUUGCUGUAACCUAUUUCUUGCUGAACUUGUUUUUCUUAUUGGAAUUAAUACAAAUUCUAAUAAGCUCUUCUGUUCAAUCAUUGCUGGUCUGCUGCAUUACUUCUUUUUAGCUGCCUUUGCAUGGAUGUGCAUUGAAGGCAUCCACCUUUAUCUUAUUGUUGUAGGGGUUAUCUACAAAAAGGGAUUUUUGCACAAGAAUUUUUAUAUCUUUGGCUAUCUCAGCCCAGCUGUAGUAGUUGGAUUUUCAGCAUCCUUAGGUUAUAGAUAUUAUGGCACCACCAAAGUAUGUUGGCUUAGCACAGAAAACAACUUUAUUUGGAGUUUUAUAGGACCAGCAUGUCUAAUCAUUCUUGUUAAUCUCUUGGCUUUUGGAGUUAUCAUAUACAAAGUUUUUCGUCAUACUGCAGGGUUGAAACCAGAAGUUAGUUGCUAUGAGAACAUAAGGUCUUGUGCCAGAGGAGCCCUCGCUCUCCUGUUCCUUCUUGGCACCACCUGGAUCUUUGGGGUGCUCCAUGUUGUACAUGCAUCAGUGGUGACAGCUUACCUCUUCACCAUCAGCAACGCCUUCCAGGGGAUGUUCAUUUUCUUAUUCCUGUGUGUUUUAUCUAGAAAGAUCCAAGAAGAAUAUUAUAGAUUGUUCAAAAAUGUCCCUUGUUGUUUCGGAUGUUUAAGGUAA